CUCCGCCUAUCUGACCAUCGCAUCGCUUCCAUUCCCUCUCGUCGCCGCCGCCGUCGCUCCUUUCCGUCAAAACACUACCGGGAGCCUGUGCGUCUUCCUCCCUUUUCCAGACUCCUCCGUCCUGCUUUCCGGUCAACCUAACGCCGCACGUGGAGCCUUCUACGCUUGUUGGAGUUUCCCGCCUCCCGAUUUCUCCCCAGGUUUGCCGUGAAGAGGGCGACGCCAACCUUCCAUCUUGCCCCGGCGAAGACAGAUUAUUCAUCUAGAAAGUCCGGAAUGAAGGGUUUGGAUAUGAUGCUCAAUGGAUCUUGUCUUGCUUCUGGAGUUUCUUAUAGGCCGUGUAUGUCUGGAAAUGCCCAGCCUUAUAAUUCACCAUCCUUGUGCAUUGCAUCCCCACUUUCCAGAGUUGCAAUAUCUUCCAUUAGAGGUCCUUUGAAACCCUGUUCCUACAUAGGAGUUUCUUCUGCGUCAUCACUCCCCUUGCAUAUGAGGAAUAAGGCUUAUUCAUGUGCAGAGCUGAAACUACCAAGGGAACCUCAUUUUCCCCUCUCGUCUAUAAAAGCAUUCAACGACGUAACCUAUGAUGCGCUUUCAUUGUAUUCUAGCAAACUUACCUUAUGUGCUCCUCUUAGAUCACCAAGGCAAGAACAGUUCUCUCUCACUACAAGAGCAUUCAGGGACGCAUCCUACCUUAAAAUGGAUGAGAAACCAAAGUGGUGGUGGAGAACCUUAGCAUGCCUUCCCUAUUUGAUGCCUCUCCAUCUAACAUGGUAUUUUGCAGGCGAAUCAUUCCAUCUUCGUCCCUUGGUGGAGAAAUCCAACUUCCUUUCCAACCCUUACAAUAACUUCCUAAGAAGGCUGCCCACCUGGCUUAUGAUGGCAUAUACCUUCACAGCUUGCUUUUAUGUAGUGAAGAAAAAGGAAUGGCCACACUUUUUCAGAUUCCAUGUCAUAAUGGCGAUACUGUUGGAGAAUUGGAUGCAUAUCAUCAUCGUUGUGUAUGGCUGGCUGCCGCCUUUUGUGCAUUGGGGAAAUAAUAUUGGAACACACAUUUGGGCUGCGGUUACUGUUGGGUUCCUCAUGAUGAUCUUGCAGUGCCUGAAAUGUACGCUUUCCGGUAAGUAUGUUGAUAUUCCAUUGGCGUCUGAUGCUGCUGAUUUCCACCUUAAGGGAUUGUAUUAGAGAUGAAACAUAAUUCUUAGCACCAGCAUUCUCUUUAUGGUUUCAUGUGUGUACAAUUUCAGAUUAGAUAGCUUCAUACACUUCCUUUUUUUUCAUUUUUUAUUUUGUGGUACACCGUGUUGUUAUUA